ACAGCAGCUCUCAGUCACACUUUGUCAGAGUUUGUUGGUGAACAGAAGAACAUGGCUUCAUCCUUCCUCAGCGUGUUCCUCCUCUUCAUCGGCCUCCACGCAGCAGGUGGAUUCAUGGAGUUUGUAAUGGACCGUUGUGUCUUUAACUCCACUGAUCUGAAGAACAUCGAGUACAUCAGGUCUUAUUAUUACAACAAGUUAGAAGACAUCAAGUUCAGCAGCAGUGUGGGGAGGUAUGUUGGAUUCACUGAGCACGGAGUGAAGAACGCUGAGAACUGGAACAAGGACCCUUCAGAACUGGGUAGGAUGAGGGCUGAGAAGGAGAGGUACUGUCUACACAACAUUAAGAUCUGGUACGACAACGCUCUGACUAAGUCAGCUCAGCCCUACGUGUUUCUGAGCAGCGCGACGCCCUCUGGUGGUAAACACUCGUCCAUGCUGGUCUGCAGCGUCUUCGACUUCUACCCCCAGAACAUCAAGGUGAGCUGGAUCAGAGACGGACAGCCAGAGACCGCCGGGGUCACUUCUACCGAUGAGCUGGCAGACGGUGAUUGGUACUACCAGACCCACUCUCACCUGGAGUACACGCCCAGGUCUGGAGAGAAGAUCUCCUGUGUGGUGGAGCACAUCAGCCUGAGUAAACCUCUGGUUACCGACUGGGACCCGUCCAUGCCCGAGCCUGAGAGAAACAAGAUCGCCAUCGGAGCCUCAGGACUGAUCCUGGGUCUGACCUUAUCUCUGGCUGGAUUCAUCUACUACAAGAGGAAGGCCCGAGGACGGAUUCUGGUUCCCAGUAACUGAGCCUGGUCCUGGUCUUGGUCUUGGUUCUGGUCCUGCUGUUUGUCAGAUGGAAG